UGUCAGCUGCCUGGCUGCGGUAGCCAACGACGCGAUGCGACGUGGUUUUUCAGUGACGGACGUGUGUACGUCGUGGACGAACUUUUUGCGAAUUCUGUGCUGUGUGAUACAGAAGAAUCUGACUUUAGGCCUGGUAGAUGAAGCUGCCGAAGGGGUGAUUGUGAUGUGUGUUUUAAUUAGGAAAAAUGUCUUCACAACGUUCUGCUUUUGGCGAGCCUCCCAACUACCACCGCCGACCGCGGUCACGCUCGGCCACUGCCUGUAUAACGACGACUUCUGGGGCUUCUCGAACAAUGUCGGCGAAUGUCCGUCGACUUCACGAGGCUCUGAACAGCACCUUACCGGAUCACGAUAGGGCCUACUUUGUCCAUGCUCUGAACGAAUACAAUUCCAGGAGGAAUGUCUAUACUCUGGUUGCCAAUCUGAAGGCGAUCUUGGAUUCACCGGAGAAGAGGCAACUGUAUCUUCUCUUGGAGAAAGUAUUACCAUCCUCCGACCAAGCCUUAUUCUGGCAGCACGCAGAACCCCUUUACAAUGAGAGAAGGCAACUAGAAAGUGUUACUAAUAAUAGGAAGACAAACGUCAGUCGUGGGGAGCAAAAACACCAUUUUGACACUAUGCCUACGAGGACAAGACCUCUGGAUAUGUAUGAUGAACCGCAUGGGAAAACGCACAGAAAAACCUCAGGAAGAAGCUGGGAAACAGAUGCAAAUAAAGAUGUUAGGAGGAUUGUCUUUAAAAAGUCAGACUCACAGGAUGGAGAGCUGGGGUUCAGCAUUCGAGGGGGAUCAGAACACUCAGUUGGGAUUUUUGUGUCAUUGGUGGAGCCCAAUACAAUGGCUGAGAGAAAGGGACUGCAGCCUGGAGACCAACUCAUCCAAGUGAAUGACAUACCAUUGGAAAAAAUAACACAUGGAGAAGCUGUAAAGGUGCUCAGGACUGCCAAAAAGCUUGUCCUGUAUGUCAAGUCUGUUGGCAGGGUACCAGGCUCCUUCGUCUGCCAUCAGACUUACACAUGGGUAGACCCCCAGGGGCGCAGUGUGUCACCUCCUCCAGAUGUGGACCUCAUGGGGCAGAGGAUGUCUGAGUCUCUUGGGAGAAAGAGUGGGCUGAAUCUCCUGAAAGAUGGUGAUGAGAAAAAGGUCAACCUUCUUGUUGAUGAUGGUCAAAGCCUGGGCCUGAUGAUCAGGGGAGGUCAUGAGUUUAGUCUGGGGAUUUACAUCACAGGUGUAGAUGCUUACUCCGUGGCUGAGCAUGCUGGUCUCAAGGUUGGGGAUCAAAUCUUAGAUGUCAAUGGAGAGAAUUUUCUGGACAUCAAUCACCAGGAGGCUGUUAACAUCCUAAAGUCUUCCAAACUGAUGAUGAUGACCAUUAAGGAUGUUGGCAAACUUCCCUAUGCACGCACAACCAUUGACCGCACACAAUGGAUCACUGGAGAUGGGGUGUCAGACCUCCCUAGACAGGUGUCCAGACUGUCAAGUGUGGUUAAUGGAGGGGGGACUGAACUGGUACAAAACAGCAUCAAUGGCAAUGUCAACGGAGAGAAGUUUAACAGAAGUGUAUCAUCAUCCAACUUCAGCAGGGGUAUUGCAGGUACACAAGUCAUGUACAACUCCAGUUUGGGCUCGGGGAGCCAGGCUUGGGGCAUGAUUGAAGACCAAGCCAGACACCUCCUAAAUGAGAAUGAACAAGGAACAAUGAUGUAUUACCUCAAGGAGUACCAGAAUGCAACCAUCUGUGUAGAUGCCUUGGUGAUGGCUCUAUUUGAGCUGCUGAAUACGCACGCAAAGUUUUCCUUGUUCUCUGAGAUUCGUAGCUUUGUGUUUCCACGGGAUAUUGACCACUUUGAUUCAUUGGUGCUGAAGAGAGAGGUUGAGUCUAUGAAGGCCAGACAACGAGGUCACUUUAUGAACGAGAGGGAGAGUUUGUUUGGAGACACUUUUUCCAGCGGUAGUUAUUAUUCCUCCAGCUCUAUUGACUCUCGGCCCAUCACACCACCGCAGGUGCCUGCACAAUUGCCACCUUUUGUCAAGAUGACCUCUGACCCUGAUGAUUGGUCCAGUGGAUUUGACCUCAAACAGAUCAAUGAAGACACCAAUGGGCUUCCAGAUUUCUCAAUGCCUGAUUUGACAUUCGGUUCAACCCCACCCUUGCUGAUGAGACCCUCAUCAAGUGGUCACAUGUCAUCAAAAAUCACCCCAUCAAAAUCAACACUGCAGUCCAAUCACAAAACAAUCACUGUAGAUGUGCAUCACCAUGAGGAGCCUUCCAGCAGCCAAGGAGGGAAGACUAGCUCUGAGGGGAUUUAUAGUGGGUCUGUCAAGAGCCCAAGUGAGGACAGUGGAGUUGACCUACAACUAAAUGGAAGUACAAUUAGUAGAAGAAAUGGGGAUCGCUACAAGAAAAGCGUGACAAUAUCCCCCAUCCCACCAGUCACCAUCCAUAGCCCAGGAAGUCUGAGUGACAUUGAAAGUCCUAUCACCUCUGUGGGUAGCCCCCAGUCUGCCAGCAGCCCUGAGCCUCCAGUAGUCAGGCAGGACAGACCACGCCGAUCACUGUCUAGGAGGCUGAGUCUUGAUAGCCAGUCAACAGAGGGAUCAUCUGUUGCUGCUUUGGCAGAGGUCCCGAGGAAGUUGAGUUGUAGCAAUAGUGAGCACAGCAUCCCACGAAGAAUCAGUGAUCCAACACAUCAUGUACCCCGAGAACAAAAGAGAAACAUCGAACAGAAUAAAAAGGCCAGUGAAACCUUGCUGGCACUUAAGAAACAACCUAGGAUCAAAGCCACUCUCACCAAGCCAGCAAACGCACCCCCUCCUCCCCCUUCCCAAUUUGCUCCAUCUCCAUCAUCCAGAUCCAGUACUCCACCUCCCCCGCCACCUAUUCCAGCCCCACCUCCUCCCAAAGGAGACCAGACCAAUCAGAGGAGUGCUGUGCGUCCACCACCUCCACCCCCACCCCGGCAAGGCUCAAUGAUAACAACUCGGUCAGCCCAUGAACAUACACUGCAGGACCAUCCUAGUACAUCACAAACCCUAGAGAGCAGUAAGAGGACAUCACAUAGUAAUGGCCACUCUAAUGCUAAUGGGAUGAUUGAACAUGUUCCAGAUGAGCCUUUGGACAUGACCAAGAGGUCUCAAUGCCCAAUAGUCAAUGUUAAUGAUGAAUUCCCUGAGGGUAUUGAGCUCAUUAGUGUGAGGAAGACCAAACCAAACCUGGGAAUUGCUGUAGAGGGAGGAGCAGGUACCAGGCAACCCUUACCCAAAGUCAUCAAAGUCCAGUACGGUGGAUCUGCAUAUCACAACAGUAACCUUAAAGUUGGCCAUGUGAUCCUGAAGGUGAAUGGGAGGUCAUUACAUGGUCUGACUCAUCAGCAAGCAACACGCUGCAUUGCGGAGGCCUUCAAGAACAAAACCAACGAUGGCAUCAACUUUUUGGUUAUUGACUCUAACAGAUACUUCGUACAGUACUAGUGCAGAGGCAAAGAGUUGCAUGAACCAGACUUCAAUAAGAUUGAUGGCUACAAGUAGGCUUCAGAAUUCAUAAGACAACAAUGGGCUGAGAUGUAAUGAAGUUUGCAGUUUGCAUUGUCAUAAAACAGGGUUUUUGUGAAGUUUUAAAGAUUCUCAAGUAUUUCACUGGAUUUUCUGCAUGUUACAGAAAAGCAGAGACGAUGAUGGUCCUUAACCACUUCGGACCGGGGCAUUUUUCAACGUUGAGGAUGCUGGGCCGGCAUGACUAUCAUUUUUUCC